AUGUAUCCCUCCUCCUACGGCAAACUUUGGAAUCCCGGCCAUGGCAUCACGUUCGCCCCGGCGAGGCAAGAUGAGACGUCGCACCCGCGAUUUGACAUGCUACGUUUCCUACAUACAACACCGCCGGCCGCCGGCCAGACCAAUGCAGCAGCGAAACCGGAUCACGAGUCUGGGGACUCAGACGACGACGUACCUUUCUCUACGGCCCCGGAGUACCAACCCGUAUUGGACACAAUACCCAUCAACCACCCACCAAUACCAGACGUGAAUGGUGUCGCGAAGGAGGAUGAAGGUGUAGUCGUCGCCAAGGAGAACACCGAGCCGGCAGAGCCUCCGCUCACGAGCUUGGACUUCAAAGUCUCCGUCAAGGAUUUCCGCGAAGCCCAGAGCGCGGAGAAGGAUACUGCGAAGUCGUUCUGGUCAUACACACUCUACCGAGACCCCUUUGAGGAUGGGGGUGAGAAAAAGGUCAAAGUCCACUACUGCAAGAGCAAGCACACAAUGGAAAGGGUGUGUCAGUACUUCGUGGACGACAAGGUGCUCGGGCUUGAUCUCGAAUGGUUCCCAGAGGCCAGGAAGGAUUCAGGCCCAAAGAAGAACGUCUCUCUGAUCCAGAUCGCCAAUGAGAGCCGAAUUGCCCUCUUCCACGUCGCUCUGUUUCCCAACGAUGACUUUGUCGCGCCGACCUUUCGGAAAAUCAUGGAAAACGCCAACGUGAGAAAGGUCGGUGUGGCUAUUAAAGGAGAUUGCACGCGGAUGCGGACCCACCUGGGUGUCGACACAAAAGGCAUCUUCGAGCUUAGUCAUUUGUACAAACUCGUCAAAUACUCUGCGAAUGGACGGGUGGACCUAAUCAACAAGAGGCUGGUGACUCUGGCCUCACUGGUCCAGGAACACCUUGGCCUACCCAUGUUCAAGGGGACCGACGUCCGGUCGAGUGACUGGUCGCAGCCCUUGAACAUGAGCCAGCUCAUGUACUCUGCCUCGGAUGCAUAUGCCGGCUUCCAGUUGUACCACGUCCUCGAGGAGAAACGUGAGAGCCUCGACCCCACUCCACCACGGCCGUACGAUGCCGAGCUCAACCUACCGAUCCGGCUUGCGGAUGGACAGUUUAUAGCGGCAGCAGAUGAUAGUGCUGAGGCUGUUGAUUCCGAUGACCGCGGCACAACUGCAGCUCUGUCAACCAAGCAUGUCGAAGCCAUCAAGGAGAGUCUCGAAAUCGAGCCCGAAGGUGGAGGGCAAUCGAUUGCCGAAAGCAUCAGGGCCGCACCGGCUGUCUAUCCCAAGCAACGCCAGAAGGACCCAAGAGUAGUUGCUGCUGACGAACAGUUGGCCAGCUACCGCGCCACCAUCAAGACCCUCCGCGCCACGCCGUCCGCUGUGCGGUCGUACUACAUCUGGAUGAACAACGCGGAUCUUACGCCCGACGCCAUCGCCAAGAUCCUGCGGGACCCGCCGCUGCAGACGAACACGGUGGUGAGUUACAUCCUGGAAGCUAUCAAGCUAGAGAAGCUGCCGUUCGACAAGAAGCGGCUACGGAACGAGAUUCUGCAUCUUCUGCCGAAAGAAGUCCUGCAGGGCAGAUACAAGGCAUUGAUGUUGGAGGCUCACAAGCUCGACACCGACACAUCGUCGGGUGCUUGA